CCGACGACAGCGGUUAUAAAUAACAGUCGUUGUCCUUGUUGUACCGUAGAAAAAUUGUUAGCUCACGAGUGUUUUCGGCGGUGGUUGACAUCAGUGUUCUGUCCAAUGUGCAACACGAGUUUUUUUUUCAUACAAUCAUCUGAUAUCAAAUGAAUCGUAUGUAUAGAUAGUAAAUAAAGCAAUGGUUUGACCAUGAUAACCAGGAAUGGUGAGAAAUGAAAUAUGUAGGUCAAGUGAUAGACAGGCUUAUGUUGGUGAUUUAACCUCUUGGAUGUUGAAAGUGUAAAGUGAUUAGUGAAUUACGCUUCCUUGCCACGGCACGGUUGGUUGCCGUUGACACGGGCGGUUGACAGGCAAAUGAUUAGUGGAGCAUACUGUUUUCCUUGCCUGUCUGGCAUCCAUUGUCGUUGUUUACGCACGCUGCUCGUCUACUAUCACAAGGAGUUUAUUUUUGUGUAAGAUCGGUGAACCGAAGUGACUCGAAACAGGUUGUAUUGCGUUCGUGCAAAGCAAACAGUGCCUAGGAAGGAAAAAUCGAAACACUGUCACAUGAUACUGCCAUGGCAGUGAUUAUUUUUGAAUUUAUCAUCGUUCGCAGGUUUUCUGUGUGCUGAAGGAUACUGCAGUGUCGGUUUAAGUGACAAGCGUUUUCUUACGCGAACGUUAAUUCGAUUCGGCGAGUGCGAAUUUUCGUUUACUCGCGAGUGCCUGCUUUGGGUUUAUAGAAUCUAUAUUAUAAUUUUGUGCUCGGAACGAUCGUAUCGAAAGUAACUGGAAUAAAUAAACCUCUCUUGAUUCAGCGGAAAAACGAUUCGUUCGUUGGUAAACAGGAGCCGUUAAGAAGCCGCAUAAUUAUAUUACCAUCUACUAGUACUGUGGAUUAUGUGGCAGAUGUGAACAUAAGGAUUGACACAGAUUCAUUUUACCUAACAGAUUUCGUCAAACCGUCCAAAUUCCCGCUAACAAACCAGAAAGUUCAAAGCAAAACCGAAACUGAUGAUGGCAGCAUAUCCAUCCCAACCGGUGUAUCAAAAUCGCCCGAGUAUUACGUAGCGAACCGGAUUAAACCGACAGGCAGCAAACCAGUGAAGCACCAUAAACGGAUUUGAUUACCAUGUUCUGUCGGAUGUUAACGGAACCUUCCCCAGCACAAGUGUAAUCAGUCCCGCGUGAAUGAUAUGUGAACAACUGGAAACAAUCAUGUAUGCGAUAGAAACAGAACAAUAGUUAUGGGAAUAUAAAUCAUUGCAUUAAUAUUCAACCCGUCACAACAACAUACUGGCACUAGACACCGGCAUCGAAAUUCCUGCAUAGACACGGCGGUCGUCUAGUGUCAAGGAGUGAACAAUAGUUCCCCCAUACAACUCGUUAUUUCCAUAGAAAGGAGGUGCCUUUUUGAACAAUCAAAACGAAUAAAACAGAUUUUCACGAGCAACAUGGAUGGCAGAAACAGGCGACGACAACUUGGCGCUUCAUGUCAUUGUCUCCGGCCGUUGAUUCGGAUUUGGGGAGUCGUCACAGCGAUUGUGGUCAGUGGUGUCGGGGUAGAUAUAAUGGUACACGGAUAUGCUGCGGGUGUUUAUAUCAUAGCUGCCUCCGUAAUAAUUUUUUUACUUGAAAUCAAGUGGCUUUUCACAUUGUUCAUUCAUCUGCUGUGUACAAGUCAUGACUACUCUGCAGAAUAUCACAAAUGUUGGAACAUGUGCAGAUUUUUCGGAGGUUGGCGCCUCUCGUUCCCGUAUGUUGCCUUGGGGAUUGCAUUGAUAAUGUGGCCUCAUCGUCUCUGGUUGAGUCCCGUAGCUGGUGGACAGUUGAUAGCACUGGCGAUGCUGCGAUUACUCACCUUGUGUCAAUUCCGGCCAGGCGGAAAGGACGAUGAGCUGCUCAAUCAGUUUGAGGAGCAUGUUGAUAAGUAUGACCAUCUUUCCGAUGUUCUGGUGGAUGAUUCGAUGCCUAAACCCGGAAAGAGCCUAGAAGACGACUGUGAUGAUGAAAAUGAAGACACAACCAAUCAUAAUGACGCCCGCAAAGUUAUUUGACAGGAUGAGUCGACUACUAAGCUAACGGUGGAAGGUGGUUGUGAGGUGGCACGAAGUAAAAAAUCGUUUCGAAAAAGCAUGAAUCAAAGCUAUGAAAAGUUGGAGGAUGGAUGCGAUUGUGAUGUGAUCAAAUAGGAGUUUAAUGGAAAACUAGUAGCAGAUAAAAAAAAUGACAUACAAAUUGAUGUAAAUAUAUGCAUUCAUAAAACGAUGUGCAUCUUAUGCACAAAAAGGCGCUUUAAAAGAUUAAUUUAAAUUAAUCAAAAAUUCUACUUCUAUUGUUAUGACUCAUAUGUCACAUGUAAAAACUGUGCACAAAAGCAAUGAAAUUAAGUGGCUAUAUUUGGAUGUUUCGAGUGGUUUCAGUUAAUUUAAAUGUUGUGAUGAUUAAAAAAAUAGUAACCUCUUUAUUGUUUGUUUAGUUGAAAGUUUCAAUUCAUCUUCUUCUAACCACUUGAUUCAUGAGUACAACAUACCAAAAGUUUCUAGUGAAUCAGACUGACUGUAAUUUAAUUUCCGUUCCAUUUCAUAAGCUUCAAUUAUACUAUUUUCAUUACUCAACACUUUUAAAUAUGAAUAA